AUGUGGCGGGCCCUUUUGGUGUAUCACCUCGCCACGCUCGCUCUUGCCCAAGAUCAAAAUGUUUGCCUCGGACACUCCACAUUCAGAGCACCAGCCAUCUCUGACGUCGACGUCACCUGUGGCUCUCUGAGGAUGGAGCUUCAGAUCCUGAUGUGUCCGUUCUACUUCAGCGGAUACAACGAGACGCUGAUGUCCCUCAACGCAGAGCACGCGAAAGACGAGUGCAAAGGGACUCCUGACUGGACCGUGGACCCACCCGUUCUCAAAUUCAACUUCUCCAUCACAGAGGGGGCGAUCGCCACUUGCUCCAACAAGCUCAAGGUCACUCAGGAGGUUGGCACUGGAGUAUUUGCACAGUUCUCCAAUAUUCAGUUCGUCAACAUCUCAGGCAUGGUCAUCUCCCAGAACCCUUACCCGGGAACCAUCAGCUAUCGCCAAGAGCUGAUAUACAAGUUUUCUUGCUGCUAUCCACUCCAGUACCUGGUCAACACCACUCACAUGGAUGUGUCUGCGGUGAGCCUGGCGGUCAAAGAAAAGAAUGGUAGUUUCAUCAGCACCCUCGGCUUGCUGCUUUACUCGGACAAUUCCUACACAUCAAUGCUGCGAAUCCCUGAUGGAGGCCUAGAGCUAAAGACCAGGAUCUUUGUGGAAGUGCGGGCCACCAAUCUCACAAACCGAUUCAACGUUUUCCUGGACAGAUGUUACGCCACGACGACCCCCUUCCCUGUCAACAGCUUUUAUCAUGAUCUCUUUAUUGGGUGUGACCGCGAUGGCCAGACGGUGAUUGGAGUCAACGGACAGCAGCAGGAAGCUCGCUUUUCUUUUGAAGCUUUCCGCUUUGUCCAAGAAGAAAACAGGACCCUGUCCACCUUCUACCUGCACUGUGCCACCAGACUGUGUGAGCGCUCCUUCUGCUCCAGCCUCUCUCAGAAUUGCAGUUCCAACCUCAACUCAAGGAGGCGUCGCAGCGUUGACAACACGCAGGACACCACGGUGACCGAUGUGGCCACUGUCAGCUCGGGCCCCAUCAUCACCCGCCGGGACAACGGGGAUCCAGAUGGGUCUGAAGCUGCUCAGCAGACACACAUGAAUGGCACUAUGCUGGGUGUCACAGUAGUAGCAGGUGUCAUAGGAGUCCUCUGCAUAUCCUUACUGGCUUUCAUCACUUACCAGAUGUUCAACUCCGGCAGCUUCAGCAACACCGUUCUCUACCAGCAACACUGACAGAGGCUGUCAAUGGAGAGGGAAUUGUUUUGUCCCAUGGAGAAUCUUCUCUUACACCCCAUUUCCUUCCUUCAUACCAUACAGCAGAAAAUAAUAAGAGUAAAAAGUGAGAAGUUAUUUUGUGAUCUCUUGUUCCCGAUUAUUUUCUCUUGCUAUACAAAACUCAUUCAGUGGAAUCAGCCCUCAACGAAGCAUAAAGGAAGGAGAAAAAUACCAGAAAGUUGUGUCUUUGUACAUCCCUGAAGGUAAAUGAGCACCGGCGGAAGGACAGGAACAUUUUCGAAUGGGACAGUACAUCAGAAGAGGAGAAAAAUCCAACCUUUUGCCUCCUGUCCAACCAGACGUCAGAGUUGCAUAUGAUAAUUUGUUGUGGUUCCAAAGACGACGGCAUGAAUAACCAUAUAGCACUUGUUUGUUGCUUUUACCUUUUUAUAUUCUGAAAAUGGCAUUCGGCAUUAAGGGCUGUGAUUGCGUGAGAAAUUCAAGCAGGGAUAUGCUUAGUUAGUUUCCUAUUUAAAAGUUUUUUUUUAUAACGUUAUUGCUAUUGAAGGUGUUUGACUGACAGGACUUGAAUAAUUAUGGUCAAUUAUCCAGGGGGGUGGGGGGCCACAAUACUAUUUGGAAGUUGUCACAAAUUAGUUUUUA